AUGAACGCGGCAUUCUCGAGCGUCAGAUCGCGUGCGCUCGAGGCGGUCUCGCAUCUGUCAUCAGCCUCCAACAGCUCGCGCUCAGCUCUGCCAACAAAUUUCGCAAAGCGAUCCUCGGAUAAGCCCAAACGCAGCCUGGAUCGUCCUCGCCUGUUCAACCGCAACCGCUCGGAUCUCGAUGGACCAUCGGGGGAAUCCAGGUCGGCGUGGGUGCAAGCCGACGCGCCUUCCCGCUCGACGCUGCUCUUCGUGCUCGGCUGCUUGGCGUGGUACACUUCCUCUUCGCUCUCGUCCAACACGUCAAAAGCGCUUCUCUCCAAGGGCCGCAAUCACACCACCUCUACCGCCGACCCACAACAUCACCAUGACGCUAGUUCGCUUCGACCGCCCGCAUUUCCAUACCCGGUGACGUUGACGUUGAUCCACUUUGCUUUCGUCAACGUCUGCUGUGCCGUCUGUGCCUCUCGCCGCAUCUUGGGCGAUCGUGCGCUCACGCGGCUCGUUAAACCUUCCUUCUCGCGUGAUGCCGAAGUCGGGCAAUUGGCGUUCUUCAACGUGCUCGGACAAGCGCUUUCGUCGCUCGCCAUCUCGCGCGUGCCCGUUGCGACGGUGCACACCAUCAAGGCGCUCAGUCCGCUCUUCACCGUGCUCAGCUACACUUAUCUCUUCAACGUCACCUACUCGUCCCAAACGUACAUGUCGCUCUUCCCGCUUACCGCAGGCGUCAUGAUGGCAUGCACAGGUUUCGCUUUCAACGCCGACGACGUGGUCGGCUUCGGUGCCGCGCUCGCGUCGACGUUUGUGUUUGUGGCGCAAAACAUCUAUUCGAAGAAGCUCCUUCGCAAAGGCGAGAAGAACGGCGCCGGAAUCCCGGGAACCGACAGCGAGAGGAUGGACAAGAUCAACAUCCUCUUUUACUCGUCCGCCUGCUCUAUCGUGCUCAUGGUGCCCAUGGCGCUGUUCUACGACGGAUCCGCGCUGCUGUUCAACCCGAGCUGGAAGGCCUCCGAUGCGUAUCCGUCCGGCCGCGGGAUGCUGGUGCUAUGGCUACUGCUCUGCAACGGGUUAGUCCAUUUUGCACAGAACAUCCUGGCGUUCAACGUUCUCUCGAUGGUCUCGCCCGUGACGUAUUCCAUCGCGUCACUGCUCAAGAGGGUGUUUGUCAUCGUGCUGGCGAUCAUCUGGUUCCACCAGUCGGUGUCGCUGCUGCAGUGGUUUGGGAUUGCGCUGACAUUCUACGGGCUCUGGAUGUACAAUGACAGCAAGACCAAGGACGACGUGCAGAAGGGCGAGGUCAAGGUGCAACGCAAACAGGACGUGCUGCACGAAAGUGCCAUUUUGCCGCUCACUUCUUCCACCGCUACUGCGAGUGGGUGGACUGACGGGAUACACAGCCGCCCGCAUCCAGCUUCGACUCCUCCUACGACGAGCAGCUACCACUUUGCUGCGCAACAGCAUCACCCACCACCACCACCGCCACCGCAGCAGCAGCAACAAUACGCAGCAAACGCGUCGAGAUCGUUCCAGACAGCAGCACCAAACGUGGGCGGCGGAUGGAACGAUGUCCCCGACUCGAUGCUCAAGAGCUACAUCAAGGAUCCGACCAAGAGUCUACCGAGUCCACCGGAUAGCGACAAGGAGGUGUAA